AUGGGUAGCCAUAACCGGACCCAAAAAGUUGUUGUUGGGAUCACCUCUGUCAUAACCGAACCCACCGUUAAAAUUGUUGUUUGUCAUGAAAUUGGGCAUUUCUGGCAUGGUAAAUCCACUUCCUCUGCUAGAAUUGUUGGUGCCGCCGCCGGAAUUGACGUUGGCGGCGGCGCCGUCGCCUCCAUGACCUCCGGGAGGAGGUGGUGUUUGGGUAGGGAGUUUCUUUCUUUGAUACUUGAAAAAGUGAAAGGGGAUAAUGCUAUUGCACAAAACAUUACAAGGUCUGGCAAGAAGGAUCUGUAUUCAGAAUUACUUUGGUAUCUUACUUUCGGUUUGCUUAGGGACAAUUGCUGUUAUGAUUCCAGUAUAUUUGCUACCCAUGGCGUUUCCAUAUUGGAAGAUUUAGUGAUAGCUCUGGCAGACGGGAUUGCAAGUGUCUAUCUGGAGUUUAUUUCUGUUGAUAGUAAGGUGUCAAGUAAAACAAAUAGCUGGGACAUGUCAUUCUGUGCUAUGUCCACUAGGGAACUCCAAAAAUUACGCAACGAGGUUGCUUUGAACCAGUGGUUGCACCACAACAUGGACACAGUUGUGUCAAUGUAUGAGGAUCACUUUGACUUGUGUACACUUGAGAAACAACCCAUUAAUCUACCAGACAGCAGUCAGACUGAAAAACAAUCUUGGUGGAGGAAUCUUACCCAACAAUCUUCAAAAACCAUGUCACAUGAGUUACACUCUAUUGUGAUAAGCCAUUUCUCGAUGCCCGUAAAGCGGACCAAGGAGUUAAGAGCCCUGAUAGGAUGGCGGUAUUACUUCAGCCUUCUCCUUGAGUUGUCGGACAUCAUGAUGCCGAUUGUUAGAAAAGUUAUUAAUAAAGCAAGUGAAGCGAUCUCUUUCUUUUUGGUUAGCUUGAUUGGUAGGUCUGUAGGACUCAUUUAUACAGGCAUUAGGCAGUCCCUCAAAUGGAAGUGA